GGGGAACUGGCACAAAACCCCUCCGUCACCAAGUCCGCCACCAUGGCCCGGCUGUGGCUCCAUCUCUGCGUCUGCCUCCAGAUCCCAGGUUUGUAUACAGCUCGACUUUUAACCCAAACUCCAGAGCAUGUUCUAACCCUAACUAACAAUAAAACUGAAAUCCUGUGUGAGCUGAAGGAGAGUACUGGGGUGUACUGGUACCGCUGGAGCCAGGAGAGGCAACAUUUCGAGUUCUUGGUGUUUUCCAACAUACUUGGCAAAACCACUUAUGGCACAAAUGUGAACCAGGACAAGUUUAGUGUCCGUGAGGCGAGGUCCCACAGCUCCUACAGCCUGCACAUCAGCCACCUGCAGCCCUCAGACAGCGGCACCUACUACUGCUCCAUCUCCCAGUCCUCCCAGCUCCUCCUGGGCACUGGGACACAGCUCAGAGUGGUUGAUGUUUUGCCUCUGCCUCCAAAGACCACACAGACACCGCAGUCCAAAAAGCCUGUGUUGUGGAUAACCAAAAGUAAAACUUCCAGAAGGGAAGGUCCCUGCAGCCCCCUGGUCUGGGUGCCCCUGGCCGCUGGUGUCCUGCUCCUCCUGCUGGGGCUGGUCCCCACUGCCCACCGCCUGUACCGUCUGCGGCGGAGGCUGCGGCUUCGCAUCCACGGGCAGUAA